CAAUGGGUUCCUUUCUUUUAGGAAGAAAAAAAAUUAAUAAAUCUGGCAAAAGACCUGUUAAAAUGUCGUCCAGAAGUUUGUACUGCUCAUGUUAUGGCCUAUGGGCAAUACAAACUUCUGGUAGGUAAAAUGUGAAGAUAUCUGGCCAACCCCUAGUAAGAAGUAAAGACACCUGUUCUUUGAUCAAUAUGGACAUAUACAUCUGACCAAACCUUCAAAGCCAGAGAGCCAACCCAUGUACGUCGUCGCCUCACUAUAUAAUGGAAGCAACCAUUUCUUGUUAUUUCGUUAAUAGGCAAUCAAAUCUGAUCCUUUCGUAACUACGUACCAUGUCACUACCUCAAACUCCUCCUUCUCUUCCCCAAUACUUGCAAGAAAUUGAGCUCAGCCAAGAAACCAGAGACCUAAUAUCCACGCUUCCUGCUGAGAAAGGAUUGAUUUCAGGUCAUUUACAUCAGUACCAGGGCUUUUGGUACCCCACUAUGCAUAUCCAAAAAGUUUUAGCCUCCCAAAAACACUUUCAAGCUCAAGAUACUGAUAUCCUUCUCGCUACUACUCCCAAAUCAGGCACCACUUGGCUCAAGGCAAUUCUGUUUGCGCUAGUAAAGCGAGUGCACUAUCAUCCAGACCCACAAAACAUGGACCACCCUUUGCUCACAAACAACCCUCAUGUUCUUGUGCCCUUCUUGGAGAAUAAGCAUUCCGGUAAGAACCAGAUUCCUGACCCCACCUCUUAUGCUCCUCCCAGGCUCUUUUCAACUCACUUACCACUAGCGCAUCUGCCACAAUCUGUUAAAGACUCUGCUUGCAAGGUUGUCUAUCUGUGUAGAAACCCUAAGGACAUAAUAGUUUCACUUUGGCACUUCACAAACAGAGUGAGACACAAGAGUAUGGGAACCAAUUCACUUGAAGAAGUUUUCGAAUACUUCCGCAGGGGAGUGAGUGGGUAUGGACCCUUUUGGGAUCAUGUGUUGGGCUACUGGAAGGAAAGCUUGGAAGGGCCUGAAACGGUGUUCUUCCUCAAAUAUGAGGAAAUGAAAGAAAAACCUGGUCUGCAGUUGAGGAGACUAGCUGAGUUCUUGGGGUGCCCAUUUUCACCGAAAGAAGAGGCACAGGGAGUGGUGGACAAUAUCUUAAGGCUGUGUAGUUUUGAGAAUUUGAGCAAUUUGGAUGUGAACAAAAAUGAGAAAUUAUCGACAGGGAUGGAGAAUAGUGCAUUCUUUCGGCGAGGGGAGGCGGGAGACUGGAGGAAUUAUUUGACAGCUGAGAUGGUGGAACAGCUAGACCGUAUCAUUGAAGAGAAGUUGCAAGGUUCUGACUUGAAAUUCUAAGUUUGCUUAAUUACUUGUUUCUGCUGCUUAUUGAUGUGUGUUAUUUACUUCUCGAUCAGUUAUCUGCGUCUGUGUCGCUACUUUUCUGUGUACUUUUUCUUUGGUUUAUGCGUUUGUCAACUUUGUGUGUGCUUUGAACUUGGUUAGUUCCAAUGACAAUAUUUCAAUCUCAAUCAUGGAAUAA